AUGAAGGCCACACUAGAACUGCCUCCACGGUUAUCAGCUGAAACUACUCUCCUCACCCCCAAAAAUAACCAAGAGAAUAAAAAACUAAAAAAAGGCAUUUUAGAAAACAUUCGCCAAAAGACAGGUCUAGAACAACGGGGUUUCACGAAAAUCAAGUUAAGAGAAAACAACGAUAAAGAGGACAAAACAAGCAGCGGCGGCAGCGGCAGCAGCAGGGGCUGUGGUGGCGGCGGAGGUGGCGGCGGUGGAGGCGGUGGCGGCAGCGGCGGCAGUAGAAGCAGCAGCAGCAGUCACAUUUCCUAUAGAAAGAGAUCAUUGUCAGGCACACCUAACAUGGCUGACAGCUUGAAUAAAUCAUUCGGGUUUUGA